AUGUCUUAGAAAAAAUACCAUAAAUUAGUCAUUUUAAACAAAAUUUAUGAAUUAUUUUAUUAUCAAUUUUAGAUCAAUCUUAGUCUAAUAAUAUUUAAAGAAAUAAACAAAAUCCAGAAAAAAAGAUACUCUAAAUCAAAAACAUUAAUCUAUCUAUCUAGAAUGGCUGGUUUCAAAAAAGUUAAUAGCUCCAAAUCUGAAUAUCCUAAUUAAAACAUACCAAGCCCUUUUACAGUCGGUACUCAGUACAACGAGGAAAAGGAGCAAAUGCUUAAAAAGUGCUACGAAAAGUUUUUAGAGUUUCCAUUAGAGCAUCAACAAAAAAUAAUCUAAAUUAUCUAACCUUAACCCCAAGUUGCCAUCAAAGAAAGAGAUUAAAUAUUAGAUAUAAUUAAUUACUUAAUCGAAAAGGAUAAGACUAUGUCUUAAUCUAAUGCACGCCAGCGCUUAAAUUUGAUAGCAAAUAAACCGAAAUAUGAAAUAAUAAUGAGGAUUUUUGAAGCAAAAUUUGCCCAGAUGUCUAAGUCAAAGGAAGAAAUGAUAAAAUUUUGUAUGAGGAAAGCCUUUAAAUUUGUUUAUGAUAAAAUUGUGAGUGAAAAGAAGUAGAAACUGAAUAAGAAGGAACAGAAAUAACUUAAAAAUGAAUAUUUUGGAAUUACAAACGAAAGUGAGUAUGCACUUCCUUUCAGAGAUGAUUCAGCAGAAAAGACAAUGAAUGACGAUUUCUUGAAAAAAACAUUUGCUCUAAAUAAUUUCAUAAAUGAUUACAAACUUUUUCUUGAAAGUUAUGAUGACAUACUUGAAAAAGAUAAUCAAAAAAAAAUUGCAAUUCUUGUGGAUCAAAUACUUGAAACUCCUGACGAAAAUUUUGAAUAAGGAUUGUUGAAAAUAAAAAGGAUUCCAUGGUCUAGGGAGAUAUUAGAGUAGACUAAAUAGUUGGCCACAUUUUUACUGUAAAAAUAUGGAACAAUUAACGAGUAAUAAAUGAACACUAAACCUAGUCAUCAAACCAGCUCCUUGAAUAAAGAUUCUAAUAUUAUCACGUCAACUGAAGGAAUUUUCAAUGAUUCUAGCUUUAAUUUUUAAAAUUCUUUAGCAACAAAUAAUACGCUUAACAAACAUAAGCAAAUUCUAAUUAGUUACGAAGAAUUCAAAAAGUUAACCUUAAAUUUUUCGAAAAAUCCAAAUUUCAAAGACCUUGCGACAAAUCUUUAGAGAGAUUUUAAUAAACAUAAUCAAAGUAACUUAGAAUAAGUUAAUUUCUAUGACACUCAAUUUGAUUAAUAAGCUGAGCAAGUUUUAAAAAAUGAACCAGUCGUUUCUAAUAACUUAAACGCAAGUUAAAAACAGUUAACUACAUCUUUAACAAGCGAAUUAAAUUAAAAUUUGAUACUUCAACCAAACAAUAUUAUAAAAGAAAAUUAAUUGUUGCAAUCUCCAGAAAUUUUUAGAAUUCAAAAUGAAAAAAAUCUGAACACAAUAACUUGCUAAACAAAAGUCAAUCUAGAAAAAUCUACUUCGAUAAAAGAAGAAUUCAAUGAUACCACCAAAAUAAAUUCAUUUAGAGACAAAACACCUGAACCUGCUCCGUUUAAAGCUUUCUCAAGUACAUCGCAAUUUAACAUAUCUCCAAUAUUCAAUUUAAAUAGUUUGAGCCAGACCUCAAACCCCUCACAAAAAAAUCUUAGCAUAAAUCAAAAUUAAUAGAUUAAUACCAUUAUAGAAUAAAGUACAAAUAAUAUCCCUGCAAAUCCAUUUAAUCUUGUUAGUUUACAAGGGUAUAUCAACUAAGCACCUCAAACAUACCCCUAGGUUUAGUAAAACAAUCAAACCUAAAGUAUUUUUAUAAGCCCAUUUUAAAAGCCGAGUAGUAAUAUUUUAUCACCUCUUAAUACGACACAUCUUACUAUUGAUUAAAGUAAUUAAAUUAAUCUUAAUUAAAACUUGUUCCAAGGAAUAGGCCUUAAUGAAGCGAGUUAGCAAAUAAAUCUAAAUAAUUCUUCAGACAAUAAUCUUUAUCAGUAAUCAUUGUUACAGCCCAAUAAUAUGAACAUCAUUGAUCAAGAUUCGUUUGAUACGAAUUUUUUAAAGCUAUUAAUUUAAGUUUAUAACGAUUAUACUUAGCAAUAAUAAUAGCAAUAGUAAUAAAGCCAAAUAAAUUUGAUGAACUAAGAUAUAUUAGGCUUAUAAAGCUUAAUUUAACCUUCUAGCUCUACAUAAGAUUUUUCAAUGUAAGAUUUAUCGAUGUAGACAAAAUAAUACUUGCAAUAAAGCAGUAACCAGUUUUUAGCUACCUAGAAUUUACUUCCAAGCAAUGAGUUUUUUCGGGAAAGAAGCUUGUCUUUCUAGUAAAAUUAACAAAUGUAACUCUAGCAAAACUUAGGUCAAAACAGUACAUUUUCUAGUAAUAUUUUUUCUAGCUUGGUAAAUGAUGUUAGUUUGGAAAUCCCUAAAUAGACUUUGUUAAACCAACAAGAAUAAAACCUAUUAAAGCGAAUCAAUCAAAAUUCUUAAUUUUAUUUCCCAUUAACAGAUUCUCAGUUAAAUAUAUAAAAAUAGCCAGAAAGCAUAUAAAUUAAUUAAUUUUAGAACAACACUUAAAAUGAAGAUAUUUCACUUAAAGAUAUUAUAAAGAAAGAAUAAUAAAAUACAUAAAAAAAUUGA